AUGGCUUGUCCGAAUCGACAAUUAUUUAUGUAUUUUCAAAUAUUUUUUAUAUUUAAUAUUGUUGAAAAAUCCGAAUCAAUUGAAUAUUCACUUGCAACAAAUGUUUUUCUACCUGCUGAUUCAAGUUUAAAUCCAUAUAAUGAUCCGUUUAUUAAUAAAAUAAUAUAUGAUAAUCAUAAUCAUAAUAAUAACAGUAGGAAACGAGAACGUCGAGAUGUUUCAAAAUCUAUUAAAAAUUCAGAUGGAAUAAAUUUUCAAAUUAUUAGUCAACCGAUAAUAGAUGAAAGAUUGCAUAAUCUACUUAAAUCUGCUCCUGUUGCUAUUAAUCUUCUCGGACAACUUAUGGUUCUUUCCAGUAAAAUUCAUGUUUCAUUUCUUGAUUAUGGUUUACCUGGUGAUGAAUAUAUUAAAUAUCCACAAUCAUUUGGUGCAACAUUGGUACAACUUGCAAACGGUAUUUAUCCUAUAUGA